AUGUCAAGUGGCACAAAGAACCCCUUGAGUCACCGCUCCCUGCUAGAGAACGUGCUGAAUUCAAAUCUUGCAUGCCAAUCAUUUUACCGUGUCCAAUCAAAGCGCGACGUCGAUCAACAGGGCGUCUCGCCAGGCACUCGGGCCAGCGCGUGGGCCGACAUGUGUUGCUUCAACGGGCCAAGCGCCUAG